UCACUGAGCAUGCGUAGUCUGUAGGUCUACUCGCCUCGACUUUCUCGACACAAUGUCGGUGAACUACGCAGCCAGUCUUUCUCCGUACGAGAACAAGGGCAAAUGUGGCGUCCCCGAGGUGUUUGACAGCGACGAGGAAUUGUCCCGGAAAAUGGACAUUUUGGCUGAAAUAGUAGGAAACUGUCAACAUCUCGUCGUCCACACAGGAGCUGGCGUUAGUACAACAGCAGGAAUUCCUGACUUUCGGGGCCCCAAAGGGGUAUGGACACUCGAGAAGAAAGGCGUCGCUCCUCAGACGGAUGUGAGCUUUUCCGACGCUAGACCUACUCCUACACACAUGGCUAUGGUAGCUCUAGAGAGGGAAGGAAUAUUGAAGUAUGUAGUGACUCAGAAUAUUGACGGUUUGCAUCUGCGGUCUGGACUUCCGAGGAACAAAUUUUCAGAGUUGCAUGGCAACGUGUUUGUUGAACGUUGUGAAACGUGUGGGAGGGAGUAUGUGAGGAAGGAGCCGACGCCAACUGUUGGUUUGAAAUUGACGGGAAAUAAAUGUGAAGGAGGUGGACGUCGAGGUAGAUGCAGAGGCCAACUCAGGGACACCGUCUUAGACUGGGAGGAUGAAUUACCACAGAACCAUCUCAAGCAAGCAGAAUAUCAUUCAAAACAAGCUGAUGUAUCAUUAUGUCUUGGCACGAGUCUCCAAAUGAUGCCUGCUUCUGGUCUUCCCUUACAAACGUUGAAGAAAAAUGGCAAACUGAUCAUUUGCAACUUACAACCAACAAAGCAUGACAAAAAGGCGUUUCUCUGCAUCAAUGGUUACGUAGACGAGGUGAUGAGAGGUGUCAUGAAGAGACUAUGUAUACCAAUACCAAACCCUCCCACAUUACCCAAUAGCCUCAAAGACGACGGAAAGUCCCAGUCAAUGUCAGGCUGUAAACGACCAUCACAGACAGACACACCUAAUAGCAAACGAGUAGCAGCUGUUGAAGUGAAGGUGGAAAGCACAAGCACGUAGUUGACACUCAACGUUUGGUUGUUUUGAUUGCUUAAAUGUAUGAAGUUAAAUAGAGAUUUCCAAUACAUUAAAGUUACAAAUAGGUACGUGUUAAAG